AUGCACGCUAUCGGCGCAAGCCACAACUGUUUCUCCUGCAUUCAAGCCGACGAACUGCAUGAGAAUAGGCAUCGGAAGAGACUUGAGACAAACCAGCUGACAUUUGCACCCAAACAUAUGAGAAAGAUCGCAGAGCUUCUUGCCGAAUAUAGGGUCGCGAAUGGCAUAGUGGCAGACCCAGCCAAGACAAGAGCAUUGCUGCAAGAUCUGCCUGCGAACGUCCCUCAUGCCCAGCAAGCUGUCCGCGAAUUCGACUUUGGUAAUGGUGACUUUGAAGACGAACAACAUGAUGAGCAUGACGACGACGCUCUGACUAUGACAGACACCACAACCAGCACGCCUGACGAGAGUGACCCACAGCCCAUACAUCCUCCGAAGCUGACCGCAGCUGAGGCUCGAGCACUCAAAAAAGCCGCCAAAGCAGCAAAAUCGCAAGUCAAGGCUGCCAAGAACCAACAGAAGCACACCAUCAAUGUGCGGACAGCAGAUGUUGCAUUUGUUGCAGAGGUCUUGCACGGCGCCAAUUCAGGAGCAGGCGGCGCCACACACCCAUUGGCGAGCGACAAGACCAUCGAAGAGGUCAUCGCAAGAAACAGGGGAUUCAUGUCCGGCAUUGAGGCACACAAAAAGAUGCUCCUGUCCAGCAUUGCACAGCGGAGAAAGAGUGAGCGUGAAAGGCGCAAGAGCUCGAUUGCUGGUCUAUCGCACCAGGCUGGCGGCGGCAAGAAGAGGAGAUACAGCCAGGGUGUGCAUGAUUGUGAUGCCGAGGACGACGAGACGGAUGAUCUACUCGUUGCUGUUUUGGUAAAGCUCGGGGUUGAUGGAGGACACGCUCGGUCAAGUGGUUGUUCUGCGAAUGCUGCUGUUGCUGCUUCCAACGGGACUGGUGCAAAGAAGAAUGCCCUUGGAGCAGGGAUGAACAAAGCCCUUGUCUCUUCUACUCAGCAAACGCCUUCCAUUGUCGCCGCUCUGAAGGCACUGGUGAAAGAUGACCUGGAGAGGUUCGAAAAUGAGCAACGGGAGACCUAUGUUCGCGCAGGUGGGUUCUGGAGGUAUGUUGGUCGGCCUGUCUUUGAUCGCAUGACCAAGAUCGCACAAGAACUGAAUUGGAAGACGGGGGCGAAGCUGAAGGAUGCCAACAACAAUGAAAGGGAGGCUCGGUGA